AUGCAGCUGCGCUGGAGCGGCCACCUGGUGCGCAUGGACGACGAGCGGCUACCCAAACGACUCUUCUACGGAGACGUCGCGACGGGUUCUCGUCGUCAAGGAGGCCCAAUUCGUCGAUACAAGGAUACCCUGAAGUCCUCCCUGAAGCUACCGCAAAUCCACCCGACCAACUGGGAAGAGCUCGCCUGCGAUCGUCCGGCAUGGAGGAGAACAGUGAAGACGGGCGCUGCUAUCCACGAAGCCAACCGCAUCGCCGCCGCCAAAGCGAAACGCCUAGCCCGCAAAUCACAACUGCGCCCAGUCAGCAACGCUGCCGCACAACUGCUUCCAACGUGUCCUCGAUGUAAGCGGACAUUCCGGGCUCGAAUCGGCCUUGUUGGACAUCUUCGGAUCAACUCUACCUCUCGAACUGCACUAAACUUCAUCCCCCCGCCCGCGUCAUCCUCGUCCUCUCUGCCGCCGAAUAACUGUGUGAAUUUUUCUGCACCACCACUUCCAUCCUCCUCCUCCUCCUCCCCCUCCUCCACCACGACCACCACCACCACCCCCACCAUCACCACUGCCCCAACGGCGGCCGCUCAGGCAGCCGUCUCGCACAUCUCCGACCGCGACACAACAACCGGCACCACCCCCGCCUCUCCUGACUCCAGCAAUGAGAAUCAGGACUACACCUGUCCUCACUGCGACCGCACCUUCACCUCACACAUCGGCCUGGUCGGUCACUUGCGAAUCCAUUGCACAGAGAUUGGCGAACCAGUGCCUGAAGCGCCAACCUACACCCAACGCACUCGCCUCCACUGCCCUCGCGCCUUCACGCAUCGCAUGGGUCUAUUCGGCCACAUGCGCAUCUACGAGAGCGGAAUCGACCACAAUUCCGACACACCAACCACGCCCAUCAUGCCCAGCACCACCCUCGCACCGUCCAUCUGCGCCACCACCAACGCCUCCUCUGUAGCUGAUUCUGACACCGCCGACUUCACGUGCCCACACUGUCCACGCACACUCGCCUCACGCAUCGGCCUGGUCGGUCACUUGCGAAUCCAUCGCACAGAGACCGGAGAACCAGUGCCUAGAGCACCAACCUACACCCACCAAGCUCGUCUCAACUCUCCACACUGUCCUCGCACCUUCAGGCACCGCAUGGGCCUAUUCGGCCACAUGCGCAUCCACGACGACCUGCGGUAG